AUAAUCUUCCAAAACACAAUAACCACCAACCACCACCUUUCCAUUCCCACCUUAUAUAUCUCUCUCUCACACAUACUCUCUCUCUUUCCUUCAUAACAUUUUGACACAAUUUUGGUUUCCCUCCCUUCAUUCCUCAAUGGGCAACUGUUGCUCUCAAGGCAACGCUGCCGAUGGCCCGGAGGACAACAUGGCCGCCAAUGACAAGGGAGAAACCAACCAACAAGGUAGCAACCAUGGCAAAAAUGACAACGACAAUAAUAAUGACACCGGGGACACUACUACAACCACCCCACCAUCAACAUCAGCGCCACCAACCUCGGCCUCCCCGCCAGCUACUUCCAAACCCACGAAGCCCUCCGCCAUGGGUCCAGUCCUCGAACGGCCCAUGGAGGAUGUGAGGGCUACGUACACCAUUGGGAAGGAGCUGGGGAGAGGCCAGUUUGGUGUGACACAUUUGUGCACGGACAAAGCAACGGGGCAGCAAUUUGCAUGCAAAACAAUUGCCAAGAGGAAGCUUGUGAACAAGGAGGACAUAGAGGACGUGAGAAGAGAGGUACAAAUCAUGCACCACCUUUCGGGUCAACCUAACAUUGUGGAACUAAAGGGUGCAUAUGAGGACAAACAAUCGGUGCAUUUGGUCAUGGAGCUUUGUGCGGGUGGUGAACUUUUUGAUCGUAUCAUUGCUAAGGGACACUACACUGAACGUGCUGCGGCUUCCUUGUUGAGAACCAUUGUGCAAAUUGUUCAUACUUUCCAUUCCAUGGGUGUCAUUCAUAGAGAUCUUAAGCCUGAGAAUUUCCUCUUGUUGAGCAAGGAUGAAAAUGCACCCCUCAAGGCCACGGAUUUUGGUCUAUCCGUCUUCUUCAAAGAAGGAGAGACGUUCAAAGACAUUGUUGGUAGUGCAUAUUACAUUGCUCCCGAGGUUUUGAAGAGGAAAUAUGGGCCAGAAGUUGACAUAUGGAGUGUUGGUGUCAUGCUAUACAUUCUUCUUUGUGGUGUUCCUCCAUUUUGGGCAGAAUCCGAACAUGGUAUAUUCAAUGCCAUCCUAAGAGGCCACAUAGAUUUUACAAGCGAUCCAUGGCCUUCAAUUUCACCUGCAGCAAAAGAUCUUGUGAGGAAAAUGUUGAAUUCAGACGCCAAACAGAGGCUGACAGCAUUCGAAGUUCUAAAUCAUCCAUGGAUCAUGGAGGAUGGAGAAGCACCAGAUAAACCACUUGACAAUGCUGUGCUGAAUAGGCUCAAACAAUUCAGAGCAAUGAACCAAUUCAAGAAAGUUGCUCUAAGGGUUAUUGCCGGAUGCCUAUCAGAAGAAGAAAUCAUGGGUUUGAAGGAAAUGUUCAGGGGAAUGGACACUGACAACAGUGGAACCAUUACAAUUGAAGAACUCAAGCAAGGGCUUGCAAAGCAAGGGACAAAGCUGACAGAACAAGAAGUUAAGCAAUUAAUGGAAGCUGCUGAUGCUGAUGGCAAUGGAACCAUAGAUUACGACGAGUUCAUCACGGCAACAAUGCAGAUGAACCGUUUGAACAGAGAAGAACAUCUUUACACUGCCUUCCAAUACUUUGAUAAAGACAAUAGCGGGUUCAUUACCAUUGAAGAACUAGAACAAGCUCUCCGCGAGUUUAACAUGCAUGAUGGCAGGGACAUCAAGGAAAUCCUUCAAGAAGUUGAUGGAGAUAAUGAUGGUCUCAUUAACUAUGAUGAGUUUACGGCUAUGAUGAGAAAAGGAAAUCCAGAAAUUAUGACAAAGAAGAGGCGUGAUUCAAUGCCUUUGUCUUAGUGGGGGGACUAUGAGGGAAGAUGUGAAAGGGUUCUUCUGUUUUCAGUCCUUGGUUUUCUUCAGUGGGGAAGCUGUUGGGUGAAGUAAAGAAUGAUCAUGGACUGCAUUGCAUCAUGGCUUUGUUGGUUGGGAGGGGAUAUAGAUGAGGAAUGGGACAAGGGUUGAAACAAAAAUCUAAAAAGAAAUGAGGGAAGGGGAGACAAGAACAAACUAAUCUUUGAGAAAUGUUAAGAUACACUAGGUGGUUGGUUGGUUAACAUUUUUUUUUUCUUUUGCUUUUUCCUUACCUGUGAAAAAUUGUAACAUGUCAUGUAUUGGUAUUGCUUCUCACAUAAUUAGGAAUCAAAAAAGGGUGAUUGUUUAUGUAUUA